AUGUCGAUGCAACCUGUCACCCGUCUCUGGGGAAUGUAUGAUCUAUCCCGGGAAUCCUGGCUGCGCAAGCGGACCUUGCAGGAUUCCCUGACUUCGCUCAUCGAUGGCUAUGGCUACCAAUACCUGGAAACUCCUCUCCUCGAAGGAACUGAGCUAUUCCUCAGGCAAUCAGGCGGCGACCUGGCGUCAAGGAUGUACAGUUUCGUUGACGCUGGAAGCAACCAGGUCAGCCUGCGGCCCGAGUUCACUUCUCCUAUCAUGCGCCAUUACCUGGAAAACUCCGGGAAUAUAGUCCUCCCCGCCCGUUUCCAGUAUGCCGGGCCGGUUUUCCGAUAUGACGUCGCCCACCCCGAGGGUAGCGGUCAGUUUACCCAGGUUGGUGCGGAGCUGAUAGGCGCCGAAAGCGUCGUGGCGGACGCGGAACUGCUCACAUUGGCUGCUGAGUUACCCCGCCGGGCGGGGCUGCAAGACUUCUCGAUUGAAUUGGCUGACCUGGACGUUUUUCACAGCGUAUUGAACGUGGCGAGAGUUUCCGACCGGGCCCGCAGCUUUAUCCUGGCUUCUAUCCCCCAAUUGAGAGAGGGGCAGGACGCCCUUUCCCAAGUCCAGGAGAGGGCAUACCAGUUGCACUUGGGAGAUCGGUUGCCGGAACACCAGGACCUGGGGGCUGCCAUCACCGGCCUGGACGACCAGCAAGCUCGGCAGGUCAUUCAAGGGUUCUUGCAGUGGAACGGUACAGAUUCGCGCCGGUUUGGCCAGCGUGAUCCUGAGCAGGUGGUAAACCGAUUCCUCCGCAAGCUGCGGGGCAGCGACGAGGCAGGACACUUGGAGACGGGGCUUAGGCUGGCCGCCGACCUUGCCGGAAUCCGUGGCAAGCCGGUAGACGCAAUUGACGCUGCAAGGAAAGUGGUGGAAUCUGCGGGUGCCGAUACGUUGGCCCUUGACAGGCUCAGUGAACUGGCAGAAACCCUCGAGGCUUGUCCCGAAACUCGGGGAAAUGUGACCGUUGAUUUUGGGCUGGCCAGAGGGCUGGCCUAUUAUAAUGGGAUUGUUUUCCAAGUUACUCACCCUGAAUGGAAGGGCCCCCUUGGCGGCGGCGGGCGCUACGAUGGACUGGCCCUUGCUUUGGGUAGUGUAACCAAUAUCCCAGCCCUGGGCUUUGCCUAUACCCUGGAAACUCUGUUAGCAUUAGCCGAACGGCAGAGUAGCCAGAACGGCCCGGCUCCAAACAGUGCGACUGUAUUGAUUGUGUCCGAGUCAGAUAGCGAGAUCCACGGCGCCCUGCAAGCGGCCCGAGAGCUCAGGGGAACCGGGGUGACGGCAGAGUUGGAUGUCAUCCGCCAUGACUUGCAGGAAGCCAUGACCUACGCCGCAUCAAAAGGCAUUAAGCAGGUGGUCUUCGUAGAUUCCAAGGGAGAACAGGCCGUACACGAUGUUGAGUAA